CAUGAGGUCCAAACAGAGCACUGACAGCGUUAGCUUUGCUUCUGAGACUGUUAGAAGACGGGUUCUGGUUUGUAAGCAGAUUAUUUAAAUAUCUGCAGUAAAAAUGUCUUCAGUUCAGCCUCAGAGAGCGUCUAUUAACGAGCAGGAAACCGCUGCUGAAGAAAGAUCCCCCGAGUUUAAAGAAAUCAUCGUCAAGUCAGAGGAAGACAUCGAUGACCUGCCACAAUAUUAUGCCUGUAAAGACGACCAGCAACUGUCUAACCAGGAGAAGAAAACCAGUUUGGACAUGGAUGAAGCAGAAUUUCUGCAGAUGAAACGGGACCAAGAGGAACAAGAGCAUCAACUAGUAAAAGACGAGCAGGGGGAGCUAGUACAUCUGGAGAUAAAAGAGGAAGAAGAGGAACUUUGCAUCACCCAAGAUCAAGAGGGUCUUGUGUUGAAGCAGGAGACUGAUGCCUUAAAAAAGACUAUUAGUAAUAAGAAAAAAUCCUCCACUAAAUACAACCGAAACAAUCUUGUCUCACAGAAGGUUCCUGAAGCUGAGAACCAGGACCAGGAAGAAAACAGUCCUGAAGGAUCAGGAUCAAAGAGAGAUGAAGAACCAAAACAAAGUAAAAGCCUCUUGAAAACUCACACAUUCAAGAAUCUGUACUCCUGCAAAAUUUGUGGCAAAAUUUUCCCUCAGAAUAGUCACUUGACAAGACACAUGAGGAUUCACACAGGUGAGAAGCCUUUCUCAUGUGUCACCUGUGGGAAGAGCUUCAGUCAAAAAGGUAACUUAGCUUAUCACAUGAAAGGUCACACAGGUGAGAAGCCUUUCUCAUGUAUCACCUGUGGAAAAAGCUUCAGUUUCAAAAGUAUUUUACUUAUUCAUGCAAGAAUUCACACAGCUGAGAAGCCUUUCUCAUGUAUGACCUGUGGAAAAAGUUUCACCCAAAAAAGCAGUUUAACUUAUCAUAUGAGAGUUCAUACAGGUGAGAAGCCUUUCUCCUGCAUGUUCUGUGGAAAAACCUUCAGGCAAAGAUCUAAAUUAACACGUCACACAAGAAUUCACACAGGUGAGAAGGCAUAAAACUAAAGCACCAGGGUGCUUUGCAACAUAGCUGUUCAGAAGCUGAACUGAUAAAUAAGUAAUCACAGAUUGAUUGUGUUUUCCAGAUAAAAAAAAUGACUCUAAAAUACUAAUUACACUAACAUGUAAUGUUCUGCUGCCAACUUCAACUUCCUGAUUGAAAGGGAGGUUUACCAAGCGUACGGAACAGUGAUGAUGUUCGACCCUUCGUCUUCCUCUGAAUAUAUCUUUCUUCAUUGCUGUCAACGUAAGUCUGACUUGAGACAGUUUUCCAGUAUAUCCUUUCAUCCAGUAAACAGACUGUUUUUGUUUAGGAAGGUUUAGUUUUAGCAAUUUAGAAAAUGUGUUGAUGAAAUGAUUUAAAAGUCAUAUUCAAAGGUGACUUGAAACAAAAAUGUCUGCAGGUUUUUCAGAACAAAAUGGAGUAAUUGUGAUUUUUUUUCUCACAGGAAACACCAAUUUCUGGUAGUUAGUAGUAGACCAUACAACUUUAUAUAGAUGCAAACAUAACUGACAUUUUAAAUAUGAAUGUUUUUCUUCCUGUUCAGUGUUAUAAAUAGAAAAAUAAACACUUGCUUGAUGCCAAA